AUGACAGAUCAACAUAGAUUAAUAUACUGGUUUGGGGGUGGAUUAAUGAUGGGUCCAAAUUUUUCAGAAGUUACCCAGGAAUCAUGUCAAAAUAAUAUAACGAGUAACAGGCCACCAUAUAAAAGAAAUGCUGCUUUAAGAAUGAAUUGGUUAUAUACAAUUGAAAAAAAACCUGUGUAUUUAAAUACAGGAGUUGCAUCAUUAGCAAAACUAAUAUUUACAUAUCCUAAAGAAUUUUUAGAAUAUUGUAAUACAAAUUGUUUCUCAACUAAAGAAAAAAAUGGACUGUUAUUGGCAUGUAAUAAAUAUUUAAAGUUUGAUAGUAGGACAAAUCAUUUUUCACCUGAAAAUUAUCGAAGGCAAAAAAGUGGUGCUAAAUUUUUUCAAUGGAGAAUUGGUAAUUCAAAGAUUCAUAGAUGUUCUUCGAUAACUUUUUGUAACACAAGUAUAAAAAGUGCUCCUGAUAAAAGUAAUAAAAAAGAAAAACCAAUAUACGCAAAUAACAUACAAAAUUUACUUAAUGUAUCCAAAAAUAAAUGUAAUACUACAAGUGCUCAUAUAGAUGAUUCAAAAAAAAAAUCAGUAAAAUUUUCUUCAAAAUCUGUAACCACUGAAAAUAAAGAAGAUGCACUUGAUUCAUAUAGUAAAUGGUUAAUUGAAAUGAAUAAAAAAGCUUCAAUAAAAAAAAAUUGUAAAAACAAAACUGAUGAAAAAUCUCAUCCAGUUUAUGAUGAUUUGGAUGAUUUAAUUAAUAAUGUUGAUGCAUUUGACUUAAAAGAAGAUAAAAGUAAUAAAACAGAGGAAGGAUCAAAUCCUACUAACAAAAAUUUAACGGUUGAAAAAGAUUAUAAUAAAGUCAAAAAAUAG